GAUCCAGUGUCAUCGUCUCACCUUCCGCGACCCUCGGAUUUCCCCCCUCGGAAAGGGAAAGGUGAGGUGAGGCAUCGCUUGGUGGGUGAGCCGACGCUUAGCUACCGGACACUGACUUCCUUGUCGCCACCAAACUCCCUCCUCUCCUUCAUUGUCUAUCGUCACGAGUGGCUUGCCCACUGUCCGACGCUCAAUACUCUCUCAGCCUCACAAAGUAGCAAAGCUGUUCUCUUCGGCAAGAUCGUGAAUCCUCUUCGGUUGGUUCGUUGAUAUUCAUGUAUUUUGAUGUUUCCUCUUUUCCUCUGCUUGUGUACUAUAUUCUCGCACCUCGUCGAUUUGUUCCUCACCGAAAGAUUACAGUUCUUGGUCUACGUGAUGUGUUUUCUGACGCGGAACUUUGGGACAUUUAGAUGCGGAUGAACUGCUUUCAAUUUUUGAACGGGGAGAAGAUGGUGCCCCAGUCUAGGAAGUCUUCCUCAACUAGAUCAAAUAGCAGUAGAUCAACAGAUCGUGAUAGGAGGGUAUCUGAAUCUGACUUCAACUCUUCAUCAGACAUGAGUGAUUUUUUGGUAGGAAGGUCCCGGUUCGCUAGCUUGUCCCAGAGACGAAACAAUUUCAGAAUUUUCACCUUCGAAGAACUGAAACACGCUACGCGGAACUUUAGCCGCUCACUAAUGAUUGGAGAAGGCGGGUUCGGAUGUGUUUAUAAAGGUAUAAUCCAGAGUUCCAACGAUCCAAGUACAACACUUGAUGUUGCAGUAAAACAAUUGAGCCGUGGAGGCCUCCAGGGACACAAGGAAUGGUUAACUGAAGUGGAUGUUCUUGGGGUGGUUGAACAUCCAAAUCUUGUAAAACUAAUUGGCUACUGUGCUGAAAACGAUGAAAGAGGAAUUCAACGACUUCUCAUUUAUGAGUUUAUGCCUAACAGAAGCGUGGAAGAUCAUUUAUCAAUUCGCUCCAUCACAACUCUAUCGUGGCCCAUUAGACUUAAAAUAGCACUUGAUGCUGCUAAUGGCUUGACAUACUUGCACGAAGGAGGAGAAUUUCAGAUAAUUUUUCGAGAUCUAAAGACAUCUAACAUCCUCUUGGAUGCACACUGGAAUGCAAAAUUAUCUGACUUUGGUUUGGCUAGACAAGGGCCAACAGAUGGGUUAAGUCAUGUUUCAACAGCGAUUGUUGGAACUAUGGGAUAUGCAGCACCAGAGUACAUACAAACUGGACGCCUUACAGCCAAGAGUGAUAUCUGGAGCUACGGUGUUGUUCUUUAUGAGCUAAUCACUGGUCGUCAACCAAUGGACAGGAACCGUCCGAGAAAGGAGCAGAAGCUAUUGGAGUGGGUCAAACCAUACACAUCCGAUGCCAAGAAGUUUCACUUGAUCGUAGAUCCAAAGAUAGACGAUAAUUACUGUUUAAAACAGGCGAUGGAAUUGUCUGCAGUUGCAAACAAGUGUCUAAUGCGAAGCCCAAAGUUGAGGCCAAAGAUGAGUGAUGUGUUAGGGAUGGUGCAAAGGAUUGUAUGUACAGAAAAUGGAACCCUCCGGCAUCCUUCGAGUCAUUUUCCCGAGGAAAGAAGUUGUCGAGAACGAGAAGGAAGAGGAAUGGACUUGAAGACUAGGAUUAGUGAUCUGAAGGUAUAAUAAGUGAAAUGGUUGUGCCAUGGCAUGGAUGGCCAAUAAGGCUCUUAGGAUCAUAAAGACAGUAGGUUAAUGUGUACCACAUGCUUGAAAGCGGGAAUAGCUAGUUAUACCAAUGCAUUCCUGCGGGGCAUGGAUGAUGAUUCUGAUACUUGAAAGAUUGGUGAUUUGUAGCAACAAGACAAUGCAAAUACGAUGAUGCGCGGCUAGGUUUGUAUUCGAAUUUAUGUUUUGUAUGACGGUGUGGCAAUAAAUAUUUCUGCGGCUGUGUAAAUGCAGAAUUCACAAA